AUGGAACCAAGCUUUUCUCAAAACCUUGAUGUGCAAAUUGCGACCUCACCGAGCACUGUAACAAUUGGGUUGACUGAGGAAGGAUGUCUGAAGGGAACUGUUCCCAUUCUGAGGGUGACAAAGGAAGAACUAAUAACAAGAGGGGAAACUAGCUUUAGGAAACAAUUCCCAUAUUAUAAUUACUCUACAGAUGCGGGUGAUGACCAACCUAAUAAGUUAAUUUAUGCAGGAUAUUCAACAAAGGAUGGAACUGGUCCACAUUAUGCAGCUGGAGGAGCAGUCACUGUAAUCAACCCUAGUAUUUCUCCUGGACAACUAAGUGGAUCUGUAUUAUCAGUUGAAGGUGGUUCCCCAGAAGCUGAACAGUUCAGUAUCAUACGUGUGGGAUGGAUUGUGAACACAAAUAAGUUUAGUGAUAGUCGCACUCAUCUAUACGCAAUUUGGGGUCAAGCAACAAAUGGAGUCGUGCAUGGUUGCUACAACACAGAUUGUCCAGGUUUUGUUCAAAUAGAUAAGACUAUAACACUUGGUAUGGUGUUUGAGCAAGUUUCUGUCCCCGGUGGAACUCAAUACUAUGUCAACCUACAAAUACAGUUG